AACGACUUGAUCAAGAUUCUGGAAUGGGUAGAACAACUGAUGAAAGUGCACGUACAGAAGAAAGUUCCGAACAAGAAAUCGAUACCGACCAGCAGCAUCACUACCAUCAUCAAAACCAACAACAACGUGCCAAUUUCAUACAUGGUUUAACACAAAUCACUAAACCAACAUGUGAAACGAAUCCGUUGAACAACAACUCAUCCGGCAAUUCAUUGUCACAACAUACCGCAUUAAAUAAUAAUAAUGAUACGGCAUUGCCAAUUCCAUUAGAUGUAUUCACUGACUAUGAUCCAAUUGAUCCGAUCGAUCAAGAAUUGGUACAACUUGGUCGUUUAAUGCAAUCGUUAGCGGUACAUUGUAGACAAUUAGUACAAGCUAAAAUCCAAUAUAAUCGAAUACAAUAUCCUUUAUCGAUGGUUGACAAUUGUGCAGAUCAAUAUAAAUUGAAUGAUGAGGCUGUUGUACAGUCACAGACAACAUCGACGACAUCUUCAGCGAUAGUCUCAUCACCGCCGCCAGUCACAACAACAACGUCUUCAUCAUCGUCUUCAUUGUCAUCAAAAAUUUCAUCAAAUCAACUGACAGACAAUAAUCAUUUAACCAAAAAUACUAAAUGUAUCAUUAGUAAAUCUAAUGAAGGCAUUCCAAACAGUUCAUCAUUAGUGACAACCAAAGAUAACAGCAAUACUAGUAGUGGUAAUAUGAUAUCAACUAGACUACCACGUAUGGGAACUCGAAUGGAACCAUCAAUUAUGGGUUCAAUGAGUUCCAAUGAUUCCACUAGUUCAUGUCAUCAUGAUAAAGCUACAAAAAUGUCAGCUAUUACAUCUGGUACAAAAUUAUCGCAUAGUCGAUUUCCUUCAAUUGGUCGAGAUCGUCCGGUUUCUUCAGAACGUCCAGGAUCACAGACUAGACAACAGCAACAGCAGCAAACUACAUUCUGCGCUGAUACAAAUUCUAAGCUCAUUGAACCUGAUUCAAUGUAUCUUGACAAUUUAGAACAGCACAGAUUAAAUGGUAGUGGAGAUACAAGUGCAUAUUGUACUAGUGAGAGUAGAAAAAGCCAAAACGAUUCAUUAAUCAAUGAUAAUCAUAGUUUUACUAUGAAUAGCAAUGAGAAUGUGAUUCAUAAUAAUAAUGUUAGUAGUAAUCAUACUACUAAUAAUCCCAAUUCAAGUAAUGGAAGUCUUAUUGAUCAACGUUUUAACACUGAAAAUACUAGUAGUAAUGUACAAUAUCCUACAAAAACAAUUAGUCAUUUACAUUAUAAUGAGAAUAACAUAGAAGGAGGCAUAGCUGCUUCAUUAUCUGAUUUAGGUGGUUCCCUAUUAUCAUUAUCUGCAAUCCUUCCUGAAGCACAUCAUUACCGCCAACCUUAUCAUCAUCCUCAUCCUAACCAUCAUCAUCACCAUAGUCGUCAGUAUAAUUCUAGUGAAGUACACUGUACUAAUAAUCAUCAUCAUCAGAUUACAACAUCAAAUGAUUCAUUUAGUCCAUCAUCCAAUUGGUCCAUUGAUGGUAAUUCACAAUAUACUACUCAUAGUAAUCAAAUUAGUAAUAAAUAUAGUCAUCCUGAUUUAAAUAUUCAUUAUACUGAAUCAUAUUACACACCAAUUCGUCAAUUCGAUUCACCAGUAGUAGUAGCGUCAGCAUCUAUAUCAACUACAUUAUCAUCUUCAUCAUCAAUAACUUCCAGUAGAAAUCAGCAUCAUCAGCAUCAUCAGCAUCAUCAUCAUCAUGAAUCGUCAAAUGAACAAUCACCGUCAACAUCUGAGAAUAAUAAUCAUAACUUAAAAGUAAAUAACACAUUUGAUUACAUGAAUGACAACAAUUCAUUGAAUGAACAAAAACGUCAUGUGAAUUUUACAAAAGAUAUUUUAUGCAAAUCAAAUAUGAACUUUCAUAAAUCCAAUCAUUAUCAUCAACAACAACAAUUAUUACAUAAUGCUAAUUUCCUAUCGGAACCUCAUUCACAGAAAUGUUUGAUGAGAGAAGAUAAUUCUGAAAAAUCUCCUUCAUUAAAUCAAAAGUUAAAAACUAAAACGAUCGACAAAUAUUUACCAUUAUAUCCUUCUACUUCUACUACCACGACAUCAUUAUGUUGUUGUAAUGAAUGUUUAAAUCCUUUAACUUAUCAAAUGAAUCAUUUAUCAUCAAUGAAAUGUAUGCCAACGACAAUAAUCAAUGAAAAAGAAGCAGAGGCAGCAGAAGAAGAAAUCUUAUCGAAAAAUAUUCCCCCACACACAAUAACAUCCAUGCAUAAUCAAUUUAAAACAAAUCAACAACCUCAUUCAUAUGAAUUCUAUGAUAAUUUCUGUUGUGCAUUAACAAAUCGAAUCACAUUGAAUUCAAGUGAACAACAGAACCAACAACGGACAGUAAACUCAUCAUCAGCAUUAUGUCAUCAACCAUUAACACAUUUCAAUGAAUCAAUCAAUGUGGAAAAGACAAAUUUAACAAAUGGUGAACCAAUUCUUUCCGAUAUCUAUGAAACACCAUACGCCUCGGUAACAAUACACGAUGAACCAAUCAAUGAACAACAUCCACCGAAACAUAUAUCAAUCAAUUCAUGCAAUGCCAAGUCAAGCUUAUCCACAAAUAGAACAGAAGAUAAUUCUCAUCUCUUAUUGAAACCGAAUUAUUGGUCACCUAUUACAAAUGCCAAUAACUUGCCCUUUACCAAUGAAAAUUCAUCACACUCUAAACUGUUCAAUCCAUAUUUGUACUCCGUAGGCUAUUUGGAUUACGUGACUAAUAAUCCUUUAAUUUAUCCUCAUCCAUUGUAUACAUCAGCAACAUGUCAUACGAAACAAUUACACAAUGCCACUGUGAAUACCACCACCACUGGAGGUGUAGUUUCUUCUUCAUCUUCUACGGCUGCAUUGUCUACAAUUACAACUGCUGGUCUACCACCAUCUGGACAAGUUUAUCCAAUGGAUAAUUGGAAUAUGAUGGAAUGGGUAGUGAAAAAACGUCCAGAUGGUACACGUUAUAUAACUCGAAGACCAAUAAGAAGUCGACUCCUUAAAGAACGAGCUAAACGUGUAGCUGAAGAACGUUCCGGUAUUACAACUGAUGAUGAUGAUGCAAUGAGUGAUUUAAAAACUGGUCGUUAUUGGAAUCGUUCAGAACGUAAGAAACAAUUGGAAAAAGCUAGAGCUGAACGAAAACGUAAACAAUUAACUACUACAAUAACACGUCAACAUGAUCAUCAUCAUCAUCAUCAUCAUGGUGAAUUAAAAUUAUCAACACAUAAAAUAGCAUCAACUAUACCGAAUUCUUGUUGUACCAAUAGUAGUAAAGAGGGCAAUACAACACUGGUUACUAUGACAACUGUGUAA